AUGAUGGAUCUGGAUUCCGAGGAUGGGUCAGUUGCUGACGACGAUGAGGAAGAUAAUGCGGAGCACACCGAUGAAGAGGACGACGAGGCCAAUCCAACGGCUCAAAGGUUGAACCAAAUCGAGGCCCAUAAUGCUAAGCUGCUCCGCCUGCUGAAAAGACUGCCAAGAGCGCCAGUCCAAACCGUGACGGAGGAGCCCGAAGGUUUUGCCGCGUCGCCGUUCGUGGAUAAGAUUGCAAUGGCCGACAUCCCCCGAAGGCUAAGCAUCCCCCCUCCAGCAAAGCUUUAUGAUGGAAGCACCUGUCCGUUGGAGCAUGUCACUCACUGCAAGCAGCGGAUGUGGUUCUAUUCGAAGUUCAACAAUAGUUGCAAGGUCGAGAAGCAGACCAGCGAUCUAUAUCGCGUCAUGCAGCGGAAUGGGGAAACAAUCAAGUCCUACUUUGGUCGAUUCAACAAAGAGAUGAUCGGGAUCAAGAACUAUGACGUCCGUAUGGCCAUAGAAGCCUUCAAAAGAGGACUGUUCUUAGAAUCUAAGCUCUACAAAGAAUUUACUAAGUAUCUGUGCAUAACAUUUAAGGAAGUCCGAACAUGGGCCUUGGCUCAGAUACGUUUGGAAGAAGAUCUUGCUACCAGAAAAGGUGUCAAAAGCAAUGACGCGUCCAACAGCGAGAAAGUUGAUAAGAGGACCCCCAAUUCUAAAAAGAAUUGGCGUCGAAAGCCUUACGACAGGCUCGAUCAGGUAAAUAACAUCAAUAACGUUGAUGAUACUGACCAUGUGCAACCAGUUGUUAAUGACAGGUCUGGAAAAUCAGAUGCCGACGCGUACCCCAAAAUAGCAGAAUAUGGCUUCUGUGUCGACAUCGGGGGCGCAGUAAAUGCCCUUCAUUCCCUAGGCGCCGUAGCAAGGUGGUCCGAGAAGAGUGACAAGCCAUUGGAAAGCAAAGAUCAAUCCAAAUGGUGUGAUUAUCACAGCGAUCAAGGCCAUCGCACCAAAGACUGCAACACCUUGAGACAUGAAGUAGCGUUCCUCAUAAAUAAGGGACACCUGAAAGAGUUGAUCGGGAAGGGCAAGAUGUCAAACAAGGAAGCACUCGCUCAACAGCCCUCAAAGGGACCAAACGUCACUAAGGUAGUCAAUGUAAUCUCAGGUGGAUCAGAUAUAUAUGGACUAACAUAUUCUGCAGCGAAGAAAAUAGCAAGGACAGGUACACCCGAGGAGGCUACUCCCAAAGACGUCAUAUCCAGGAAAGACGUCAUAUUCAGGCAAGACAAAGCUCUCGAAGCCAUGACGAUCUCUUUCGAUGACUGCGACCUUGGAGAGUAUCGCGAAGAGCACCAUGAUGGGUUAGUCAUCUAUCUCACAAUAGGCAAUUUCCUGCUCAGAUGA